AUGCCACGAAAAUCUGCAAAGAGGCGACGUCUUAAAUCGCCAGAAAGGCCAGGCGAGGACUUACAGGUAGAAGAUACCAAGGCGAAAUCUAUUAUAACGCAAUGGACACAGAGUACCCCUUCGAGAAGUUCGGCCACUUCAGAGUCUGAACGUGAACUUCCUAUCUUCUCACUAACAGCUGACGAACUGCGCAAACAAAUCGGGCCUACCGCGACAGGUUGCAAUGCCAGUGAUACAGUCGCUUCUGAAGUUCAAAUUGACGAUCAUGCAACGCAACAGAGCCCAUAUGACAUCUCCAAGGAGAUAGUCUGCUUUGGCGAGAUCGUUGGCAUUUCUAGCAAAUGCGGAAGUGGUACUGCAGUGCCAAAUACUGAUGGCACCAGUUUUCGAGCAAGGCUGGAAUCAUGUGAAAAGUUUGUAUCCAUCGAGAAUAAUUCUCUCAUUGGAAAAAUUGAUUCAGAUUAUACUCAUUUGACCAACUUGCUGCAGAAUGAGGCUGAACUCGAUCUGCAGCUCAUAUGCACACUCGAUUUCUCCCGGUCGUCAGGCGGUGGAAAGAGGACUUCGUCCAAGUUCUCCACGCACGCAAUUCCAUGCGACAUUUCGAUCAUUAUCUACGGGCCAUUGAGGAUGCUAACUGAUAUUGGCAACUUCUUCCAAACCUGUGAGAUGUACUUGCAAGAUCCCAGCGAUUGCGAUAGAAAUGUUAGAUACUGUAACCCUCAUCGUCUUUCAUCAGCCAACUUGAACUCUUGUCCCUGGACCUCAGAGCUCAAGGGUACUCUAAGCAACUUCAUUGAGAUGAAGCCAAUUUCUCCACUACCAGAGCUAUUAGACGUCUUGGAGUCUUCCGAGAGACUUCCAGAGGCGAUGCAGCCAGAUGCUAUACGAACUCCUCUAGAAAGACAUCAAAGACAAGCAUUGACAUUUAUGCAUCGGAGGGAGCUUGGAUGGGCUCUUGAUGGUAGUCGACCGGACAUUUGGGAGUAUAUGGAAAAUGGUCAAAGACACUGUUUUGUCAACCGCGUGUCAAAUGCCUAUCAAGAUGAAGAACCGGAAGACUUCUCUGGUGGAAUUAUUGCGGACCCUAUGGGGCUUGGGAAGACACUUACCAUGAUAUCCUUGGUAGCAAGUGCUGCUCAGCUUCAUGAGUCAGUUAUGGAUGCUGAUGACGUUGUAACUUCAGCUACGACUCUCAUUAUCGUUCCGCCACCUUUACUUGGCACAUGGGAAGAACAGUUAUUGGAGCACGUUACCCCUGGGUCCUUGACUUGGUGUAGGCACCACGGAAAAACAAAACUCACAGAAGCGAUGUCCUAUAAGGAUACCAGCAUAGUCUUGACAACAUAUCACACCGUGUCAGCAGAGUGGAAGUCUCAUGGUGAACAUUCGCCAUCAAUUCUGUUCUCAACCCGCUGGAGGCGGGUGAUUCUUGACGAAGCACAUUUUAUUCGUAACAGCUCCUCUCAAUUGACUCGUGCCACAUGUGCUCUAGAUGCUGCUGCUCGAUGGGCGGUAACGGGCACACCGAUUCAAAAUGGGCUUUCAGACCUGACAACAUUGUUCAGUUUCUUAAGAGUUUAUCCUUAUUCAGACCGAAAGCAAUUCGACGCUGACAUCACUAAUUUAUGGAAGGAGGGCGACACUGACGAAGCACUGAAGAGACUGAAGAGGCUGGCGGCAUGCCUCAUAUUGCGACGGACGCAGAACACAAUACAGCUUCCUUUACGGAGCGAUUUACAAUGCGCCGUAGAAUUUACGGGGGCAGAACGAGCAAUUUAUGAGGAAAUUCGAAAUAAAACAAUUGCUCGUAUUGACCAUCUUUUGUACGAGAGCAGCGACGAUGCACGACCUUUUGAGUACGUCAAUGUCCUACAGCAGAUCGAAGCCAUGCGUAUGGUGUGCAACCUAGGACUACAUUACUAUAACCGUCGAGAUCUUGGAGCCUCUAUGCAAAAAGCUCCUGAGAGCUGGGCGACUGUUGCUCAACAAACUUUUAACCUUCAGGGUGAAAUGGGCGGCAUGCGGUGUCGAUACUGCUCUGCUGUUGCAGAUGCAUCUGCUAGCUUGCUGAACGGCAUCCAAAGCCAACAGCCAUUACAGUUAUCAAAGUGCCUGCAGCUUAUUUGUUCCGAUUGUAUAGUCAUGACACGGCCCAUUGAUUGCGGACACAAUCCUCCAUGCCCCUUUGAAAAGGUCUAUCUAAAUCCGAAUAGCAUGGAGGAGACGUCGUCGUCUUUGUAUCAUCUUGAAGACGCGACGUCGUCUUUACCGCAGACCCCGAAAUUUCCACCGAAAGUGACGGCUCUUGUGGCUCAGCUUAAAGCUCUUCCGCCGGGUGUUAAAAGGUUGACGCUCACUGUGGCUUCGUACGCUUUUCUAAUGGAGCCUCAUUGGAAUCCAACGCUAGAAGAUCAAGCUCUAGCUCGUAUUUACAGGCUUGGCCAGAGAAACGAAGUUACCACCAUUCGCUUUUAUGUGCGAGAUUCUUUCGAACAGCGCGUAAUGGAUGUUCAACAGUCAAAGAGACAGUUCGCAGCUGUUCUCUUAACGCCACAGGAUUCAACAGCCGGCCCUAGUUUAACUUCGUUGCAGGAUUUACGGUCCCUUUUGUGA